AUGAAUUCAGCACUUAAAGUGUACCAAUCGGGCUUUUCGUUAUCGGCAUUAAAUACAGCCAAAACAGCCUCAAAAUCCGCCAACACCCGACUCCAUCAAACAGUCACCCUACAUGACGGCCGAAUUUUAGGGUUUGCAGAGUAUGGCAGUCCAAAUGGCCUCCCACUUUUAUUCUUUCACGGUUUCCCUUCAUCGCGUCUCGAGGGUCUCGGCGUAUUAUCCGGCAAUAUGAUACAGCGCCAUGGGCUGCGGAUUAUCGCCCCUGAUCGCCCGGGCUUCGGCCUGUCAACUCCGCAGCCACAACGCCGUAUUAUGGACUGGCCAGCGGACGUUCGGGCUUUGACGAGUCAUUUAGGGCUAUCGCGGUUUGCAGUCCUGGGAGGCUCUGGAGGUGGGCCUUAUGCAGUGGCAUGCGCGUAUUCGCUCCCACCGGAAAUGCUCUCUGCUGUUGGUGUACUGGCGGGGGCUGGGCCAUGGGAAGCUGGGACACAGGAUGUACAGAUCUACCGAAGAGUUGCUUCGUGGGCGGCAAAAAACUGCCCGUCAGUAUUGACUACAGGGUCAGAUAUGCUGUUGUGGAUUUUACGACAUGCAGUAGAGACAGGCACAGUGGCGCGGCGGAUAGACAACUGGCUUGAGAGUGUUGAUAAGAGUGAAAAUACAGCUGCCGAGAAUAUGCACAAUCCAGCAUCAAUCAAAGAGCGCCGAGAAGAAUUACUCCAAAUCUUAUUUGAAGGGUUCUCCCAGGGAUCGGCAGCCUUUGUAGAAGAGGCACGCUUGUUAACAAACGAAUGGGGCUUUAGAUUUGAGGAUGUCAGCUACGACAAAAUACAAAUUUGGCAUGGGACUAGAGAUGCUAACUCGCCGGUAACCAUGAUGCGGUAUAUGGCAGGGAGACUUCCGCAUUGUGUACUACGCGAGUACGAUGACGAUCACUAUACAUUAGUUCGUCAUCUGAAUGAGAUUUUGGAGGAAAUUGGGGAAGAGAUGCGAAAAUAG